AUGGCAAAGACGAAGCCUGGAAAGAAGGACCUCGAAUCCUACACGAUAAAGGGAACAAACAAGGUCGUCAAAGGUACUCAAUCAUUUCCACUCCCCUUCAUCUAGCUCCGAUACCCUCCAGCUAGAUUUCGCUGCAGCGCCGAACACUGACGGUUGUUUUUGUUUUCUCCUUCCUCCGGGGUUACUCGUCUUUGCUGUAGUGGGGGACUGCGUUCUCAUGCGCCCUUCGGACUCUGAUAAGCCGCCGUAUGUGGCGCGCGUGGAGAAAAUCGGGGCAGACAAUCGCAACAACGUGAAGGUCCGGGUCCGGUGGUACUAUCGCCCCGAGGAGUCGAUUGGCGGCCGCCGCCAGUUUCAUGGGGCCAAAGAGCUCUUCCUUUCCGACCACUACGACAUACAGAGCGCCCACACCAUCGAGGGGAAGUGCACUGUUCACUCCUUCAAGAACUACACCAAGCUGGAGAACGUUGGUGUCGAGGACUUCUUCUGCCGCUUCGAGUACAAGGCCAGCACUGGGAGCUUCAUCCCUGAUCGUGUGGUUGUGUACGAUAAUUACGAGCUUCCUUCUUUCUCUGUCCAUCCUUCUCCCUUACUUCCCGCAGUGAGCUUCAUCUCUCCAUUGUUUAAUCGGGUGUUCAUUUUCGUUGGUCUGAAGGUACUGUAAAUGCGAAAUGCCCUACAACCCAGACGACCUCAUGGUUCAGUGUGAAGGAUGCAGGGAUUGGUGAGCUUAUUUGCGUUGUAUAAUCAACCGUCUUCUUUAGUUCCAUGUUUCACGGUGUGAUUAUUUGUAGGUUCAUUUCUUACAUGGAAAGUUUAAAGCUAUUCAAGAUCUGCCGUGUGCUGUCUGAGCGCUUCUCUUCUGAGACUUAUUGCUAUUCUCCUCAUUCAAUGCUCAUAUUUUUCUUCUGAGUCCUCUCCUCAAUGGUGCAUCUGUUUUUGAGCCGAUCUUCCUCUUUUAUAUCACUCAGACCCAUAGCUCAUUUAUCUUCUCGUGCUUGGUAAUAUCUGUGGUGGCUGUUGACGAGGAUGUCCUUGGAACUCAGCUGAUGUUUUUCAUGAAUCCUCCUUGGUCGCCACUACGUAAUUCAAACAUUGAGUGGGAAAAAAAUCAAGAUACAGAAGAAUCAUGGGUGUUUCAGAGGCCUUAUGCUUCGAGAAUUAUGAACACUUGUUCAGGAUCUAGUUUUGAUUUCUGUCUAUCUCUGCUACCAUACCAGGGGUACUGGACCUUCUUCUUUUGUCGUAAAUAAUUGUGUUCCUGUCUAGUCAUGAAAUAAUAGUGGCGUUUAGAAUGAUCUUAUGGAGGCGAUUCUCAUGUAUCUAAUGUUUUUCCUUCAUUAUCCUACUGCGUCUUCCUGUAUAAACUUUUCUGCGGAAGGAAGGUCAUCUGAAUUGGUGGCGUGGUUGUCAGCACUGUUAAUUUUUCGGUAAAAGAAAAAAUGAAGAAAAGAAAUGUGUUCAUGAUUAACAAUUAUCUCUUCCACAUGGAAAUACAUCAGGCGUAUGUUUAGCAUAUUACAGGAGGAUUAUAUCAGCCUACGCAUUGUGUAUUUAUCAAUCAGAAAGAUGUAGAUCACUAAGAACUAAAUACACGUUCAUAAGUUUGCUAUGGUCAUGCAGAGGAACUUUAGCUGAAAUAAUCUCCAAAUUUUUGAUACAUACUAUACAAUUCCCUCCAGGCAUUUCUUGGAAUGGGUUUCUUAAUGGAUGAUGCUUCAUCUUCAAUUCUGACCGCUAAAAUGUAUGUAAACACAUUACCAGGAAUUGAUUAUCUUUAGUGACGCCGAAUUUUCAACAGUCAUUACGGAUGCUGAUUUGAUCACCUCGUUUCUUCUAAAAUUAUUUAAUGCUCGAUUCUGGUGGAUCCUUUCUUCUCAUGAGCCUUUUUAUCUUGCUUUAAUUUUAAGUCCCUGAUACUCUGUUUACUCUUGCAUUGACCUUCGCAUUCUAGCUAUAUCGGCCCUCUAUGUGAUCACAGUUUUGACUUUGGCCUCAUACGUUGGUGUCAGUGAGUUGCUUGAUCCCACGUUCUUUCCCAUCUUUUUAUGUUGUGUGUGCAUCCCUGUGUUACUUCGCUCAAAGAGUUGGCUUUAAUUAUCAUAUACAUCAUAUGACUGUUUUCUUGCACAGCUCCAGCGGAAUGUUAUCAUUUCUGUGGUUGAUAUUGCUCAGCAUUUGACCUCUUUCAGGGUCUCUCUCUCUCCUGAAACUUUGGAGAUCUUCUCUACGACCUUCAUGCUUUCAACCAUAUUCUACCCAGGAGGGCUCGUUCUGGGGAAUUAUUGAUUCAUAUACUCGUAUAUCUUCUUCCUGUCCCUCUUUUAGUCAAUAUCUAUUGGUAUAAUUCUCCAGCCAACCCUGUUCUACCGUGAGAAGUUCUCAUUGUUAGUGUGCUGGUGCCCUCUGCGAUGUGCUGACGCGUUGACUGUUGUUACCAUUUCCGUCCUCUUUGUCUUGGGUGCCCCUCUCUUUUUAAACCCUUUGAAAAUCCAGAUGAGUGUUCUCCAAGGUCCUUUGAAAAUGAGAUGGUCUGAUCAAUGGUUGAGCAAUGGUUAUUGGCCUUCUGAAACGUUGACAAUGCGUUGACCAGCCUGUGUUGACUGUGAGGGGAAGGAGGGCAGCAAAGUCAAAGGAGUGAAAAACCGUGAAAGUCAGGAUCACUGGGGAUGAAGCCGAUGUGGCAGAGGGGAUGGAAACUGGGGAGAAAUAGUUGGUAGAUUCCCAUGUGGCCAAGUCUGGCGUAUUGAAUAAAAUCUACUGAGUUUUUUAUUUAACCCGCAUUAAAUGUUCUUUACACAUGAUAAAUUACUUGCAGGAGAUUAGCUGUUCUUAAAUUUUUAUUUAAUAUCUAUUUUGGUAUUUUUAGUGACUAGUAUUUAUUUGUGUUGAUCUUAGGGUUCUUUUCUGAUUUUGUUUUUCUUUGAGAAUGGAUACAUUAUUUACACGUACUAUUUUUGACGAUCAUUUGGAUCUACUUUGCCACUUUUUGUUGGAAUCUGAAAUUGGAAAAGAAUCCUGAAGAGGGUAACAUCUCCUGGAGCUUUUCAUAUUGAUUUUAGAUUUCUUCCCCAGCCCCUGGUUUAUGUUCAUCUUCUUCUUCUUCUUCUUCUGCUGCUGCUGCUACUCUUGGAACUUGGUGUGUGUUCUAUUUUCGGCAAGUUUGCUGAGAUGGAGGGAUCUUCAAUGGCCCCUCUUGACUCUUGCGGAUGACGUCAUAUUAUAUGGUUUAACUGGAAGUUUAUUGCUUUGUGGACGCAGGUUUCACCCCGGGUGCAUGGACAUGUCCAUAGAGCAGGCCAAGAAGCUGGAACACUUCCUGUGCUCUGACUGCGGUGCGGAGGACGACGCCAAGAGAACGAUGGACACCUUUCCCGUGUCGCCGCUAUCUGAGCCCAAGGUAAGGUUGCCAACCUCCGAUGAGCAUUCACUGCGAGCGGAAGUAGUGAGAGAGAGAGAGAGAGAGAGAGAGAGAGAGAGAGAGAGAGAGCCUUAUGUGUUGACGUGGGACUGCAGGUGGAGUCGAAGCGUCGGAAGAGGUGA